AUGCCAGACCCACCGCCGCCCUAUCUUCAGCCCGCUCCAGUGGAGGAACGCAGGAGGCUACAAGAGAGCUCCCUUGUUCCACCUAUGCCUUCUCCCGAUUCCACUGAGCCAGAGGCGGAGCCACAGGUGCCAUCGGCGUCCAGAGCGCCCUUGCCCCCGCUUAGCAGCCGCCCUCGUCUCUGCCGCGAUCCAGGCGGGGAGAGCGAAAGAGUCUGGACGGCUCAUGCCUUCCCCCUCCGGACCGUGGGUGGCCAAGUGCAAUACUGGCCUUUUUCUGCCUCAGAUUUAUAUAAUUGGAAAACCCAUAACCCGCCCUUUUCCCAGGACCCCCAGGCCCUGACGGGUUUAAUUGAGUCCAUCUUGCUAACCCACCAACCCACCUGGGACGACUGUCAGCAGCUCUUACAGACCCUCCUCACUACAGAGGAACGUCGAGUGUUCCUAGAGGCUUGCAAAAAUGUUCCAGGACAAGAUGGCAGACCGACGCAGUUGCCGAAUGAGAUCGAUGAAGUAUUCCCGCUGACCGGCCCUAACUGGGACUUCAACACCGUUGCUGGUAGGGAGCGGCUCCGUCUUUAUCUCCGGGUUCUGUUGGCUGGUCUUAAAGGGGCCGGGAGACGCCCCACUAAUUUGGCCAAGGUAGGUGCAAUAGUGCAGGGUUCUGAAGAAACGCCUGCGGGGUUUUUAGAAAGAUUAAUGGAAGGAUAUCGUAUGUAUACGCCCUUCGACCCCUCCGCCGUAGACAGACAAUCCGAUGUUAUUAUGUCCUUUAUCGGGCAGUCAGCCCCGGACAUUCGGACUAAGCUGCAAUGGCUGGAGGGACUUCAGGGGUAUACUUUGCAAGAUUUAGUCAAGGAGGCGGAGAAAGUUUUCAAUAAGAGAGAAACUCAGGAAGAAAAGGAAGAAAGAUUGCGUAAGUUGCAGGAGGAUAGGGAGGACAAGCGAGACAAGAAACAUACCAGAGAGUUAAGUAAGAUCCUGGCCACCGUAGUCAGACAGCCAGAAGGGAGAGAGAGUAGGCCAGUGAGGAACCCGGGAGACAAAAAGACACCACCAUUAAGCCGGGACCAGUGCGCAUACUGCAAAGAAUUUAGGCAUUGGGCCAAGGACUGCCCCAAUGACAGAAAACAGGCCAGGGGAGCCAGGAGACCGGCACCGGUGUUGUCAUUAGGAAGUGACGACUAGGCCAGUCAGGGCCAGGAGCCCCCCCUGAGCCCCAGAUUUACGAGUGGAGGCAAUCCAGUUACCUUCUUGGUUGACACUGGUGCCCAACAUUCGGUACUGACUCAACCAAAACGUCUCCUAAGUAAUAAAAAGUCUUGGGUGCAGGGAGCCACUGGAGGAAAAUUAUACCAGUGGACAACUGAGCGAAAAGUGCAUCUCGGAAUGGGGUUGGUCACACACUCGUUUCUCCUGGUUCCUGACUGCCCCUACCCGCUGUUGGGGAGGGACCUCCUCUCAAAAGUAGGGGCCCAAAUUAACUUCCAAGAAGGGGGGGCCUCCGUUAGGGGACCCCAAGGACAACCUCUCCAAGUCCUGACUUUACGCCUAGAAGACGAGCAUCGUUUGCAUGAAAGCCCUCAGCCAGUCUCAAUUGACCCCAAGUGGUUGUUAGGUUUCCCUCAGGCUUGGGCGGAGACAGCGGGAAUGGGAUUGGCCAUUGGAUUUAAGCCGUCGGUCAGUAUCCACUAA